UCGAUCACUCCUUUCCAGCCAAGCCGUCAUCAUGUGGAUCUCUGGACCAGUUAUUGUUUUUGCUACUUGCACACUGGCGGCUCGGCCCUUUCUCAACGAGCCAGACACAGGCUUGAAUGAUUUUCUGGGCGACUUUGCGGUUGGCUCGCUCCCGGACCUUGACAGCAUUGCUGGCCUUCCGGAUUUCGAAUGGGCAGCGCGGAAUUUCUUGCCUCUACAGAAUUAUACCUACUUUCGCAAUGCUGCUGGUGGGGAGUGGUCCUAUCGAAACAACCUUGAGGCUUUCCAACGAUAUUCCUUACUUCCACGACGAAUGAUGGAUGUUAGAAAUGUGAAAGCCACAUUGCCCACAACUAUCCUUGGUCAUAAAUUUUCAUCUCCUUUCUUCAUAAGCCCGGCAGCACGGCAGGAUAUGGCCCACCCUGACGCGGAGCUCAAUCUCGUCCGAGCGGCAGGAGAAAGCAAUAUACUAUAUGUGCCUUCAUUGAAAGCCUCGAAAAGUAUUGAAGAGAUCGCCGCCGCGAGGGCGGCAGGGCAGGUCACGUUUCAACAGCUUUAUCUACCCAACUCGGAUAAGACAACUCGGAAGCUUGUGAAACAGAUAGAAGACUCCGGUGCCGCUGCCAUUGUUCUCACAGUCGAUGCCCCUGUAAGUGGGGAUCGCCAGCGAGCCUUCCGACUUCGCGGUGGGCCUCCAGAGCCAGAUUAUACGCUGUUAACUUGGGAACGUUACCAUAACCUCACAGCGAUGACCUCAUUGCCAAUCGUAUUGAAGGGCAUUUUGACAGUAUCCGAUGCGCAAGACGCUGUGAAAAACGGAGUGAAGGCCAUUAUGCUAUCCAAUCACGGUGCCCGACAACUUGACGGCAGUCCCUCGAGCCUGGAAGUUGCGCUCGAGAUUCGCCAGAAAGCCCCCGAGAUAUUCUCACAGCUCGAAGUGUAUGCCGACGGCGGCGUGAGAUACGGGACCGAUAUCCUCAAGCUGCUGGCUCUGGGUGUCAGGGCUGUUGGCCUCGGCCGCCCCUUUGUGUACGCCAAUGUGUUCGGCAUCGAGGGCGUGCGGCACGCAAUCGACCUUUUGAACCGUGAGGUCACGGUUGAUGCGGCCAAUCUAGGUGUUACAAAUCUUCAUGAGAUCAACGCUAGCUACGUUCAAUGGACGCAAAAUACCUGGAUUCCUUGAGUGGUAGUUGGCAGGAACAAUGGUUACGAAUAAAUGCGGCGGCAGACAGUGGUUUUGUAAUGUCAAGAAUUGGGAUUUGCACACACAAUACGUGCGGGUUUCAAUUGUGGUAUUUAAUAAUGCAUCUUUUCUUAGGGUAGACUUGGUAAGGCGAACUCUCUGUAUUAUUUUCCCAUCUUUACUUUUCAGAUUCAGUACUUUGGUAGGUCCCUUAGUCGUGGUCCAUUCAUCGUGUUCAUAGGUAGUUGGAUUUCGUCUAGGCCGUGUGCCAAUAUUCCGUAUGCGGCCAGUACUUUGUAUACGCGAAUAGUGGUAACCUGAAAAUCCUCACUCUCCAACGAAGCAAGACAGUAAA